AUGUCUGCAACGCAUGAGCUCAUCACCAGCGAUGCGCUCGUGUCACUCCUUGGCCAACACUCUGCUGCUGGUCCGCACUUCGAUUCGGCCAAACCAAGUGUGGCGGAUCAGAUUUGUGCCCGCGCGCUGAUCACGGCCGCGACAAACAUUCUUCCAUCCCACUUCCAGCUCAUGCGAAUUCUGAUUCCCUACAUGCACUCGGGGCCGCAAAUGGAGUCCUACUUGGAACUGCAGCGUCGCAAGAUCCUCGCGGGCAACAAUGGCCGGACUUCUCCACUGGGCCAAAAUGCUAUCGUUGCUGUUCGGGAGCCCACUCGCUUCAGCGAUGUCACCAAUGAGGCUUCAACAGUGUCGGCGCUGGAAGAGCAGAUUCAGAAACUGGCAGAGAGGCUCGCCGCUGUCGAAACCAAGGCUGAGGCUACAGCAACCUGGGCUCGCGAUAGCGAGUCUACCUCGCGACCAACAUCACGACAAACCCAUCGCCGAAGCGCGUCCAGCAUGAGUCUGAGCAGACUCAGCUUUGUCGAGCCGACCAUACCAGAACUCGAGGAGGCAUCGGCGGAUAAACCGGAAACUGCGAGUUUUCCCUUCAACACGAGCAAGCGGCCUGAGUCUCCCCGGGAGGAAGACCUGACGCCAAAACGACUGUGGGCAAUGUGGCAGCACUACAGAUCCAACGUCGAUCCUUUGCUCAAAAUCGUGCAUAUUCCUGCCGUGCAGCACUUGUUUCUGUCGACGGACGAGGAAUCGAAGCAUGUCAGCGCCGACGCGGAGAGCUUAAAGUUUGCCAUAAGCUUUGCCGCUGCUGCUAGCCUGGAGACCCCGCCGGGAGAUGCAACAUCAUGUGCGAACAAUCAAGUCCUGCUUCACACCUACGCAACCAAAUUGGAGGCAUCUCUUGCAAAGGCUCAGUUCAUGAAGGAGCCGACAAUAGCGGCAGUGCAGGCUCUCACCAUCUACUUGAUCACAGGACAACGUUUCUUGGGAAGUACGUAUGUCUGGUCACUGAUGGCAAUCCUCGUGCGAGUGGCUACGAAGCUCAAACUCAACCAAGAUCCCGAGAACCAGGGUCUGUCUUUCUUGGACUGUGAAUAUCGACGAAGACUGUGGUGGCACAUAUGCACACUGGACGCACGCAUAGCCGAGCUCAACCACAGCGACCCUCUGAUCUACGAGCGAAAGUGCACUUCACGUUUCCCCAUCUCGAUCCCAGAUACCGACCUUGAUUCCGUCCAGGAUAUUGAUCCUAAGCGCAGCGCCACCCAGCACAGCCCAGACAUGUUCAGCAACCUGUUACGUUUCGAAAUUACCUACUACAUGCGCACCAUCCUCUUCUCCGAGGACUUUAUGGAGGAGAAUGGCUGGCCGAUACUGCCUGUCGAUGGCAAGCUGUCAGUGAUCGAGUAUUUGGAGAAAGUUCUGGAAGAUAAGUACUAUCGAACUUGUGAUUGCAAAACCUCUACAUGUCGACUGGCCAUUGCUUCGAGCAGAAUCACCGUUGCAAGACUCAAGUUGUCUACACUCUUAGGCGAGCAAGGAGUCUCGCAAUUGAGCAAAGAUGAGAUGGACGAGGUUCUUGCAGCAUCUGCUAUAGUGCUUGAGAAUCUGCGCACUCUGCGAGAUGACCCCAGUCUGUCCCGAUGGACAUGGCUCAGUACACCACAAGCUGAAUGGGACGCUGCAGCUAUGUGCUUAUCUGCCUUGCUGCUGGUCCGAUCGAAAACAAAGGCCGUGACGCGAGCGUGGACUGCUCUCAACACGUUCUUCGUCGCGUGGAAAGAAAGUUCGUAUGACCCAGCACUCUACAAGAAGUGGGUUCGGCUGGAAGGCUUGAAGACGAGAGCCGAAGCAUCACAGCGCCAGACCGCGAGCGAGUCUUCGGCGAGCAGUCAGACUAGUAACUACACGGCGUACACUCCUGGUGCUUCGCUGAGUCCUGUCACGACGAGGGCAACUCCGUCUCAGCGAUCCGCCUCUCCCAGUACGAAAACUGCUCCGGCGAGUCAAGUCGGGAGUGUGUCGAGCAAGAGCUCGGGAUCCGCCCGAAGCGCAUUCAGCGAUCAAGACUGGCCGUUUCCGAAAGAGGCAUUGCAGGAGCAUGCCGAAUUCGACCUUCAAUCAUUUGCACUCAUGAUCUGA